CGUUCGUCGUAUUGGCGAUCAUCGUCCUAUGCGUGUCUUCUUCUUCGCCGAUAAAGGAAAAUAUUUUUACGUGCGACUGCAAUCAUUGCGACGAUGAGAAGAAGAAGAAUACGAUCGAUUUUAGAGAAAAGGAAAUGACUACUACGACCGUUCCGGAUGGGAAAACGAGUGAAAAAGAAAGCAAUGGUGGUGGCAAUGGUGGUAAUGGAACAAUCUGUGCUAGAGAUCGCGAUUUCGAAGACAAAACCUUCUCGAGCAUGUGUCACAUGCUUUGUCAUAAUAAAUGUACUCGUUUUCAUAUAACUACGCAAAAACACAAGAAUAUAACGAGAUUUAUUAAUGGUAUCUAUAGAACAAAUUACUACAAAUUGUGGGAUGGUCCUUGUAGGACCAGUGCAGAAAGAAAAAACAGUGGAGAAAAAAUAGAAAAAAGAAGAAUAUUAAAAACAUUUAUCUAAUAUACAAUAUAUAUAAAUAUAUUUUAUAAAGAUGUAACAAAUUUAUAUUUUCUAUAAAGUACAAGGUAUGAUAA